AUGGCGGCCACGAGCUCCGACUACGAGCUCCUAACAGAGCACUUUAGCUACCCCCCAGUGUCUCUCCUCGACGACAUCAUCAACACCGUCAACGUCCUCGCCGACCGCGCCCUCGACUCCGUCGAACGCCUCCUCCUCUCCAUUCCUCCCCACAAACUCGGCUUCGCCAAAAAACCAAAACAGCCAUCAUCAGAUCAGAACCCAAAUCUAUCCCCCGAAGAGGCCGCCAAGCUCGAGAUCGAAAAUGGCACUCACCAGCUCGAAACCCUCCUCAACGCAUCAAUCGACAAGAACUUUGACAUCUUUGAGCUGUACGUCAUGCAGAACAUCUUGACUGUCAGACCGCAGGACCAGCCCUACAUGCGGCUGUCACAUUAUGCCGGAUUGGAGUUUCCUGCGACCGAGGACGAUGAUGAUGCGGCGGCACAGCAGAGCGAUAAACCGACUACAGAAUCUAUUACCGCGCUGCGGAGAAGGCUCCAAGCAAGCCAGAAACUAAACGCCGUGUUGGAGUCUGAAAAAGCGCACAACGAAGCUCUCCUGCGGCGUCUCAGGUCGCUCCUCGGCGUGGAUACCGAUGCGACCAAGACGGAGGAAGAUCAACAGCAUGCAAUGGAUCAGGAUGGUGUGGCGGCGACGACGACGACGGCGACAACAACAACAACGAAGCCGUUUUCCUUCUUGCGCGAUAGAGGCGGGCUUGAAGAGAGCGGCGGGGAGCAGCCCAUUACGACGACGACGGAGUUUACGCUGUCGCAGCUGCAGUCGCUGCGUGCGCUGUCCGGGUCGUUGAGGAAGUUGUUGCCGGAACUAAGUGUGCCUGGAGAUGCUGCGACAGAAAACGAGACGGCGUCGUCAACUUCAUGGAGGAGAGAACGCGCAGAGUAUAUUGAAUCUUCGUCGCGGAAGUAUCUCGAGACGGUGGCGGGAGUGGAGCUUGGUCCGAGAGGCGAGGUGCGUGAUGGGGAGUGGCAGGGUGAGGGCAGGGGAUUGAGUAAAGGCGAGGUGGAAGGGUUAGAGAAGGUGGCGGCGUUGUUGGAGACGGAUGAGAUGGACACGACAUGA